CCAAACAAUUAAAAUGAAAUUAUAACUGAUUGAUUUUUAGGUUUUUGGAUCAUUUAGCAAUAUUUUACGAUAUUUUUAUUGCAUUAAUGCUGAUCAGUCCUUGGAAUUUUUUAAACUAAAUAACGAAAAAGUUGGCUUUCUCAGGCCAUCGUACUUCUCUACCGCUGAAUCCGUUAUUAUGAAUUAUAGCGGCGGAACAACAGUUCAAGAACGAGCAGCCAUGUUAGGAGCCAGUAUACUCUUCUUUAUCGUUACUAUUCGACCCGAAUAUGGUUCUAUGCUUCAAAAUACAUCACGAUAA